GUUGGUGCCCCAAAGCCCAGCCAGGCAUCAGGGACACCUAUAAAAGCACACUGGUCCAGGCCCCAGCAUCCUGCUUGGUCGCCACCUGUUGCAGCACAAUGCUAGGAGGACUGGGGAAGCUUGCUGCUGAGGGCCUGGCCCACCGCACCGAGAAGGCCACUGGGGAAGCUGUUCAUGCCGUGGAGGGAGUGGUAAAGGAGGUGGUGGAGCACGCCAAGGAGGCUGGAGAGAAAGCCAUUGCCGAAGCCUUCAAGAAGGCUCAGGAGACGGGGGACAAAGUGGUAAAGGAAGUCACCGAGACAGUGACCCACACUGUCACAAAUGCCGUCACCCACGCAGCAGAAGGCCUGGGUAAACUGGGACAGUGAGCACGCCUGCCACUGGCAGACUCUUCUUGAAUCUCAAUAAAAUCUGUGAAAUGUG